UCGCUCACUAUCACGGAAGUGCGUGUUCCUCCUAGUCCUGGACGUCAAACUGUUAUCUGAACCUGUAACUUCUGGUAAUGUUUUGCUAGUUUGUUUGCGCUCAUUAGCGACAAAGAAGCAAGUGAUGCUAAUACAACGAGUGGCUUUACUUUACAAAAAAAUGGCCGCUAUCGUACUCGUUAAGAAUGCAGCACAGGUUACGACGAGGCAAUCUUUUAUUUCCAAUUUAAAGGGGCUGUCAAAGUCUGGAGAGUGUCAUUCGUCUCGGUAUUCUCGCAUUACUUUGCCACUGACAACAUGGUCGUCCAGGACUGCGGGGGUACGGUUCACGUCCCAAGGGACCGUAGGCAGGUCGGCAGCCGGCGGUCGAAGCAGCAGGCGGGGAGUCCUAGCGCUGAGCGGAGCGGCGGUGAUCAGCGCAGCCGCAGCCGUCGUGGGCUUCGUGGCCAACGUCAACCACUUCCAGCGGGCCGAGAUGGCGACUCUGGUACCCCGAUCGGUCGACGACGACGAGGGGGAAGGAGAAAUCUCGACGAGAUGCCGGGGAUUUAUGUCUCCUCCCGUCACUGACGUCGCCGUGCUGCAGGGCAGGAAAGGCGAGAUGUGCACCAGGAUGGAGAUGCUCAUCAUGGACACGCAGGCCGAGUUCUGCAAAGCUUUGCAGGAGGUGGACGGUGGGACGUUCAAGGUGGAUCGCUGGGAAAGAACAGAAGGUGGCGGUGGGAUCAGCUGCGUGAUGCAGGAUGGAAAGGUGUUUGAGAAAGCUGGAGUCAACGUGUCGGUGGUGUUUGGAAACUUAACUGAAGAGGCGGCCAGGCAGAUGAAGAGCAGGGGCAAGGUCCUCAAAGGGAAAGAUGGGAAAUUGCCAUUUUGUGCCAUGGGCGUGAGCUCCGUAAUCCACCCCAAGAACCCGCACAUCCCCACAGUGCACUUCAACUACAGAUACUUUGAGAUCGAGGAGGAAGACGGCCGCAAACAGUGGUGGUUUGGUGGCGGCACAGAUCUGACUCCUGUGUAUGUCAAUAAAGAAGACGCCUUUCACUUCCACAACACCCUUAAGGAGGCCUGUGACAAGCACCACCCGCAGUACUACCCGGACUUUAAGAAAUGGUGUGACAGAUACUUCUACGUCCGGCACAGAGGAGAGACUCGAGGCAUCGGCGGCAUCUUCUUCGACGACCUAGACGGGCCCAGUCAAGAGGAGGCGUUCGGCUUCGUCAAGAGCUGUGCCCGCACCGUGGUGCCCUGCUACCUCCCCAUCGUCUACAAACACCUCGACGAUGCUUUCACUGACCAGGAGAAGGACUGGCAGCAGGUGCGACGAGGGAGGUACGUGGAGUUCAACUUGGUUUACGACCGGGGAGUGAAGUUCGGUUUGGCCACACCGGGAUCCCGAAUCGAGAGCAUCCUCAUGUCCCUGCCCCUCACUGCAAGGUGGGAGUACAUGCACGAGCCCGCUCACGGUACCAGGGAGGCCGAGAUGUUGGAGGUGUUACGAAACCCAAAGGAGUGGCUGUGAGCUCUGUGUAGACAUGUUUAAAUGGCAAUGUGAACGGAACAUCCAUGUUGUUCCUUGACGUUUUUUUUUUUUUUUUUUGUCUAAUUGCUGUUGUAAAUCACCGAAUGGCUAAGUUGAAUUUAAAAAAAAAAUAAAUAAAUAAAAGGCAAAAAAAAAAAAAAAACCCAAAUGUACAUUUGCUUCUUGGCCAUUGUGCCUGCUGUUGGUUAUCUCACAUUGACGUGUCCCUUUAUCUUGAGGCUAAAUGUAGCUCGCCGUAGCUUGUCUGCCACUGUGAGGAAUUCAGCUGGGAGAGGAAACGGGACUGCUGCAGUGUUCUGCCACCAAUUUUUUUUCGGUAUGCAAUAAUUAUCCGUCCAUUUUCUGAGCCACUUAUCCUCACAAAGGUCGCGGGAGUGCUGGAGCCUAUCCCAUCUAUCUUCGGGCAGGAGGUGGGGAACAACCUGAACUGGUUGCCAGGCAAUCGUAGGGCACAUUUAAAAUUACAUAUAUUCACACAUUCUUCUCUGUCUACUACAAUUGGUAUUGUUUAUUAUUGUCACUGUUAUCCCGAUUUUCAAUUAAAUUAUACUUUUUUGAGUGUUGUUUUAUUAUUGUUUAUAUUGCAAUGCGACAAAACUCAUUUCAAAACACCCAUCGACUGUGGAUAUGACAGACGUGCAUUUUCAAGGCCAACCGGGUCUACAACGGAAUAUAUCGUAUAGGAAUUCUAUACAAUUGUAUUUAAAACAUUAUAUAUGAACAGGGAAGUGAUUUGUGAUGGUGGGACUUUUACAAUGAAGAAAAUAAGUAUUUGAACACCCUGCUACAUUGCAAGUUCUCCCACUUAGAUAUAAUGGAGGGGUCUGAAGUUGCCAUCGUAGGUGCAUGUCCACUGUGAGAGAGAUAAUCUAAAAAGAAAAAU